GGCCCUGGCAGUGCGGGGUGCGGGGUAGAGGGGCGCGGAGCUGGGGCCAGCAGGCUGCGUUAACCGUGGUGUCCUCUCUGCAGACGGCUGGGCCCAGGAGAGGCAGACGCGGAGCACGGGGGCUAUGCGGGGGCCGGCGUGAGCUCCCCGUGGCCUCCCCGACGAUGGAGCAGCGAGAGCUGGCAGGCCCCGAGCCUUUGGGGCCCGGGCAAGCCCCUCGUGUUGUGCAGGCCAGCGGGUCCCCGAGGAGGGUCCAGCCAGGGGAGCCGGUGCAGCGCUGGGAGGUGCAAUGGCAGGAGGUCGUGCCCCCACUGCAGCCCUCUGCCCAGGCUGGGGCGGCCACGGGGACCCCGGAGCUGCCGGACCUGGCGCCGGGGGACAGCGCUGACGUCCCGGAGACCUGGCGCCGGCGCUUCCGGGACUUCCGCUACCAGGGGGCCGCGGGGCCGCGGGAGGUGUGCAGCCGCUUGCAGGAGCUCUGCCAGCGCUGGCUGGAGCCCCAGCGCCGCAGCAAGGAGCAGAUGCUGGAGCUGGUGGUGCUGGAGCAGUUCCUGGCCAUCCUGCCCCGGGAGACGCGGAGCUGGGAGUGGGGGCGCGGCGUGGAGACCUGCGCCCAGGCUGUGGCCCUGGCCGAGGGGGUUCAGCUGGGGCAGGCGGAGGAUGAGAAGCUGCAGGUCACGGUGCACGUGAAGGUGGAGGGCGAAGCCUCAGACAAGAUGGCACCGGCCAGGGCAUUGUGGGAACCUCCUGACUCCUGCCUGGAGCUGCUGCAGCCACAUCCCGUGCACGUGCCCCUGGAGGAGGAGGCAGGAGAGGGUGAAAGCCCGGGGCCCCUGAAUGAGCCACCUUGCAUCCUCAAAGAGGAGCCCCCACCACACGAGGACUCAGAUUCCCCUGACACAGAGGACACCUGGGACUCAUCAGAGGAUGAAACCUGGCUCCCCAAACAAGGCCUGUCCUCAGAUGCAGGUUCAAGGACCCGGAGGAAAGCUGAGCCUCGCAAGGAUGGGCCUGGAGCCCCGGAGCAGCUGAGGACUUCCUUGGGGAAACCAUCCCCGAGACCUGAGCAGGGCCAGCUGCUUCUGCUGCAUGCCCUGCCUCUCGCACCGAGUGGGACAGUGGUGGUAAGCAAGGUCCUGGCCCCAGCUUGGCCUGAGAACGGGGAGAGGAUGGAGCCCCAACCAUGCCAGGGACGGAAGGAGACAGUUACGGAGCUGGGAAAGCUUCCCCGGCAAGAAGGGCAGUGUCCAAACCCAGGGGGUGGAGAGGGCUUCGGGGAGAAGCAGGAGCCUGCCACAGCCACGUGGCGGGAGAGAUCCUGGCCCGGCCUCGUGUGCGGGAAGUUCCUUGACCGCCAGACCCGUUUGGCCUUGCGUGCCCGAGCACAUGCCGGGGACAAACCCAACAGCUGUGCCGACUGCGGGAAGAGUUUCGGGAGCCCCAGCAACCUGGCUGCCCACCACCAAGUCCACUCCAAGGCGCCCCAGUGUGCGAGGUGCGGGAAGAGCUUCUCCAAGCGCUCGGCCCUGGCACGGUACCAGCACAUCCACUCUGGGGAGAAGCCCCACUGGUGCGCCGACUGCGAGAAGAGCUUUGCCCGCCCAGACAAGCUGGAGAGCCACCGCAGCGGGCAGCUGAGCCCAAAGCGGCACCGGUGCAUGGAGUGCGGGAUGGACUUUGCACGUGGCCAGGACCUGGCACGGCACCAGCGCAGCCACACGGGGAAGAGCCCGUCCUGCCCAGGGCUGGCCCCAUCUGGUCCCCUGCCUCGCAGUGGGGAGGCCAUUUCUGAAUAUCCUGUCUGAGGUCCCAGUCUUCAGCUGCUUCGCUGCAGUUACAAACCACUGGAGCCGGCCCAGACACGGCUGGUUUCUUUCUCAUCGGCUCAGGUGACGAUACCUGGAGGUCUCGUAAACCCCAGCAUGGGGACAGAAGGCAGUGGAGCAGCACAGGGUGUGUGGGAAAGAUCCCUUCCCCUUUCCUCCCCUUUCUUUUCCCUCUUUCCUACCCUCCCCUUUCUUCCCCUGGAAGUUUGUACCUUCCAGGCCAAUAUAACUGUCGAGAUGCAAAGCAUGGGCCCUUCCUAUCUCACCCACCACCCCCUGUUAAAGGCCGUGCCUGCACCUCCCCCUAGCCCAUCCUGGCCCUGGCAGCACCCCCUCUGGAGAAACUGCGCUGAGCAGGGGCAGAGCUCCCUGAGGGCCUCAGCAUGGGCCAGUGCUGUGGCCCAUGUCGCCCCUCGGCAGGUGCAAGAGGAGCAUCACACUGCCCCCCAAGACUGGCUGCGGGGACAAGGGGGUCUCUCCCCAUCUCAACAGAUAUGCAGGGGUGAAUUAUUAGCCAGGGCCAAAGGUAAUGAAGGCCUUUUCUGACACUGACUCAAAGCUGAGAGGAGGGUGUGUUGCAGAAGAUAUCAAAUUCACCCAAGGAACCUUGUUUGCAGAAGUAAAUGCAUUCAUUUAUUUUCAGGGGUUUGGGUGAGGUUGAACAGGAGCACGUGCAUGCAUGUGAAUGGGAGCUGGUCUCGGCUGGAACAGGAUGCGGCUGUGUGCAACAAUGCAUCCAGCUUCAUGUGCCCCAAAGAGGAGGCGGGGGUUGGGAACAUGGGGAAGCCUAACCAAGGCCCUGCAGGCCUCCCCUUCCUCCCAGGCCUGUGGAGCAGGGGCAUUUCCAGCUGGGAGGCAUAAAGCUGUGACCUGCUCCCUUUUCA